AUGUUUUUGGGGAGUGAAGUACCAUAGUCAUGUUUUGGGAGUGAAGUGCCCUAUAGUCUUUGGUUAGCUUUCUUCAAUAAGAGAUCACAUAAUAUGACAUCAAGAACUGUGUAAUAUACUUUGUAUAAUAUUUGAAAAUCAUAAAUAGAUGUUCCACUUGUUUCAUCUAGUUUGUGCCAAAAGACACUUGUGGCAAUGCUGUUGAUAAGGGGCGAUUCCAUGAUAACAGAAUUACACGGAGACAAAAAAAAAAACCACAUUUACUGGGAAAAACUGUGCAGAUGCAAAAUUUGGUAUUAUGGAAAAAUCUCCCUCAGUUUUAUUCUGUUACCGAACGUUGUAUCUGCACAGUUAUUYCUGCAAAUGUGUUCUUGUAAAAUGUUCAGGGGAAAUUGUGAAAAGUAGUCCUUGUGCAUAGAGUUCUAUGGUUUGUUAAACUUUCAAAWAAAUGUUUUUUGUUUGGUAUACAUUUUAGUAUCAGUGUAAUUCCUUUUUGGUUGUUAACGGGCGGGCAAACUGCUUUAGGGCGGUAACAGGAAGAGCACGAGUCCUUACCAUUGGCUCCCCGUCGCCAAGACAUCAUGACGCACACCAAGGGGGCGUGCCUUUGAAGAAAUCAGCUGGAGAGACACAAACUAAUAGACGCGUAGCUCACAGGGGAGAUAGUUAGGAUUAUGGUUGAUAUUUGACCAAAUAAGACUAGUUUAGGCAAAAGUACAGAGUUACUUACUGCUUUAGCUAGAUGCUAAAUUAGUCAGUGAGCAAUCUGAAGUGAAAGGAAGGAAAAUGCUACCUUUGUUUUUUGGCAACAUUCGCUCUACCUAGCUAGUUCUCUCAAGCCAAGGCUCUCGAGUUGGCAACCUCUUCUUUCCUCCACACCACUCCUUUCUCGCGCCCGGUUAAUGUGACGGGCGAACCACGCGCCGAGUGACAUGUGGGUCAGUACUGGAACAGUCGGAAGGGCCCUCUCCAUGGAUAUAGACACAGACUAUGAAAGGCCCAAUGUGGAAACUAUUAAAUGUGUGGUGGUAGGGGACAAUGCAGUGGGCAAAACCAGGCUCAUCUGUGCCCGCGCCUGCAAUGCUACCCUCACACAGUACCAGCUGCUCGCCACCCACGUGCCAACCGUCUGGGCCAUCGACCAGUACCGCGUGUGCCAGGAGGUGUUGGAGAGGUCUAGGGAUGUGGUGGAUGAGGUCAGUGUCUCCCUAAGACUAUGGGACACCUUCGGUGACCAUCACAAAGACAGACGCUUCGCUUACGGCAGGUCUGACGUGGUAGUGCUGUGUUUCUCCCUGGCCAACCCCAACUCCCUGCGCCACGUCCGCACCAUGUGGUACCCUGAGAUCAAGCACUUCUGCCCCCGCACCCCUAUCAUCCUGGUGGGCUGCCAGCUGGACCUGCGCUACGCUGACCUGGAGGCUGUGAACCGCGCCCGCAGACCCCUGGCCAAACCCAUCAAGCCCACAGACAUCCUGCCUCCAGAGAGAGGGCACGAGGUGGCCAAGGAGCUGGGCAUUCCCUACUACGAGACCAGCAUCGUGGCCCAGUUUGGGGUAAAGGAUGUGUUCGACAAUGCUAUCCGUUCUGCCCUUAUCUCCCGCCGCCACCUCCAGUUCUGGAAGUCCCACCUGAAGAGAGUCCAGCGGCCCCUCCUCCAGGCCCCSUUCCUGCCCCCYCGKCCCCCKCGCCCUGUGGUKGGCAUCCCYGACCCCCCUCCCAUCGACGGAGARGCCCCYGACUCCCUCYUCUGCCAGYCGCURUGCGCYGAYGUCCUCUUCCUMCUCCARGGCGGSGCCACGCGYGUCUUCGCACACAAAGUCUACCUGGCCACCUCCUGCUCCAAGUUCUACGACCUCUUCACCCUGGAUCUGCUGGCCAUCGAGGCGGAUUGGGAAGGAGAGGAGCACGCCGAGAGCGGUGAGGAGGAUGAACAGAGUAGGAGAGGUGCCAAAGAGCAGGCAGGGCGUACUAAGAGCUUGGACAUCGAUAAUGAUGGGGAGGGUGGAGCCAGGGGAAUCAAACGGCCACCCAUGCUCCAGCAGGGCUCCCUGAGGACUUCCAAAAGUGAUAACGCCCUCCCCGCCAGGAGCCAGUGCUCCGUGGGGCCCCUGGGGGCCGGCCGUGGGCUUUCAAGCUGGGGGAGGGGCUUCCUGAGUGUGUACCUGGAGCAUGUAGCUGACCCCGAGACGGGGCGACCUCGCCUCAUGACCGUGGUCUCCAUGGACGGUCUCAUACAGGAAGAACCCUUCCAGGCGGUGCUGCAGUACCUGUACACAGGCAGUCUGGAUGAGGGCCGAGGGGAUCUGAUGCAGGUGGCCACCAUCGCUGAGCUGCUGGAGGUGUUUGACCUGAGGAUGAUGGUGGCCAAUGUGCUGAACCGUGAGAGCUUCAUGAAUCAGGAGAUCACCAAGGCCUUCCACGUCCGUCGAGCAAACCGCAUCAAAGAGUGCCUUAGCAAGGGCACCUUCGCUGAUGUGGUGUUCCGCCUUGACGAUGGCUACCUGCCAGCCCACAAGCCUCUGCUCAUCUCCAGCUGUGACUGGAUGGCCGCUAUGUUCCGGGGAUCCUUCGUGGAGAGCUACAUCAAGGAGGUGUCCAUCCCUGACUCCAGUAGUGCCUGUAUGCGUGCAGUGUUGGAGUUCCUAUACUGUGGGCUGGUGACGGCCUGUCCUGACUGGGAGCCUAUGGAGCUCAUCGUCCUAUCCAAUCGGCUGUGUCUGCCACGCCUCGUUGCCCUCACAGAGCAACAUGUUGUGGAUGAGCUGCUACAGUGUUUGGUGAAGGGAGUAGACAUUGACGGACAGGUGCUUGCUUACCUGGAGUUGGCUCAGUUCCACAAUGCCAAGCAGCUUUAUGCCUGGUGUCUCCAUCACAUCUGCACCAACUACAACAGCGUUUGUCGCAAGUUCCCCAAAGACAUGAAGGUCAUGUCUCCAGAGAACCAGAGGCACUUUGAGAAGCAGCGGUGGCCUCCAGUGUGGUUCCUGAAGGAGGAGGAUCGCUACCUGCGCUCUCAGAAGGAGCGCCAGCGGGAGGAAGAGAUCCUCCGUAAGCAGCACACCAAGAGGGGCUGGUGCUUCUGGAGACACCCGUCCUCCUCGCCCCACGUCUCCUGAGGCUGUCGCCCCUCCAUGACCCCUCCUGACCUCUGACCUCAGACUGAGGAGGCCAUGAGCCUACCGUCCCUCCAUAACGGGAGAGCCAAGUCUCAUCUCUGUAUGAUUGUUUGUGUGGUUGUACUGGGGACCAGAAGUCCUCACAAGGAACAUUUGGACAACUGGAGACAUUUUGCCAGUCCCCACAAAGAAAAGGGCUAUUUUAAGCUUAGGGGUUAGGGUUACAAUUGGGGUUCAGGUUAGAAUGAAGGUUAGGAGUUAGGUAUAUUUUUA